UACAGGUAAUACACAAACGCGUGGCGGUGCGUGUGUGCGACGUUCGCGGGUUCGCGUUUAUUAGAUCCGGUCUUUUUUUUUUGUUACUGAAAAGAUACCGUGUACGAUAGGCUCGUACGUGGCCCACCUAAAUGCCCAAUGGAUUUGUCCUCACAUGACGCGCUAAUGGAACGUAUUAAUUACCGACGAAAAAAAGAUAGACGCAAAUAUACGCGCCGGUAAGAAAUCCCGGCUCCCGGCCUCCGGGGAAAAAAACUCAGCGAUAUUGUAUUCACAAGUAAUACAUGCGAUGUAAUGUAAUCGGCGUACUUUCGAAUCAUACUUGCAAAUGGUAUUGUAUUAUAUACGAGGCGCAAAAGCAAGCAGGCAGGCAGGCUGCGUGUCGUGUCGAUACAGCACACUGUGUAUAACACAUCGGACCUCUCCACCGUCACGUGCAAACUCUGAGGCACAGUCCGCGAUGCUUAUCCAAGUAAUUGAGUAAUCGACCCGGGCAGUCGAGUGUAAUUGGACGUUGAUUAUACCCGCCAUAAUACACCUACCGACGCUUUACAUGUUUCGUGGCGAACAAGACCCGAGGGCCAAGAGGCGGGAGUCGAGAAUCAGGGACUCGCGGAUGUCGUACAUGGAAAUCGAAGCCAAGCCGGUAUCCCGCUGCUUACCGGACGCGAGUCUGCCGCGGCAGUAUCGUGGAAACUGACGAAAGUCAUUCCUGGGUGCGAAGAGUCGCGGGAAUCGGAACCAAGUCGCUACGACGAAUUCAAAUCCGACCCCCACGGACGAUGUUGAAUUAGAAAUUGACACGGCGCGGAAUACCUUCAACAGCUGUACGGACAAAUUAACGUUAUCCGUGGUGCGCGUCGUUAUUAAGUGUACAAGCCGCGGUGGGGGGCGUUUUAUUUUACAUUUUAUUUCACCUUUACGAUCCGUUGAUUGCCUCGUUAUUGCCGGAGAAAGUAUAACCAGCCGUAAUGACGGACAGACCAAUUAAAACACAACCGUGCAUGGUUGCCGGCUCCGUAUCACUCGGCGGCCUCUCAUCUCCGUCACUUCCCAACGCGAUCUUACGUCCGUGAGGUCCGUGGGUGUCGCGAUGCGCAAGGUACACAACCACGAGCGAAUACCAGCGAAUACGAUUUGCGCAGAGCAGAAUAUCACGGAAUUUCGUGACGUAUUCAAUUAUCUCUGUCGGGCCCCGCGUGCACCUGGGGGUCCUUUCACCGACCUUGUUGCCCCUUGAGUAACGCCUGUCAGACUUUCCGUUCGUAUACAAGCUAAUUUCGUACAAUGUUGUUGGCGUAUCUUACCUACGCGCUUGGCUCGAAUUCGUUUUGGAUAUUAUUCUUGACUUGUAAUACAUCUCGACAGGUAUUUCACGAGUCGGGCAACGUCUGCCGAGUCACGCACGCAGCUUUCAUACGAGAAUCCAAAGAUCGUCUUCUCACGAUCGUUUGAACAUUCGGAAUUCAAAACUUGUGCCACGUGUCCUCGAGACUUUGUCCUUAACUCGAUAUGUUCUGGCGAAAUGGGGAUCUUGACAUUGGACAACUAUACUUGUACGCGGUAUCGCGUAUCGGAAUUGAACGACAGAUUCUGUUCAGAGCGGUGACGUAUGCACUCGCUUCUUGGCUGAAAUAUCGUUCGUUCAAUUUUCAAUUUACGACAAGUGUAAUUAUCCCCUCUACGCAUACACGAGAGGUAUAAGGGUACUCUUUUGUUUCCUUCUUCCAAAUAUCGUUUCGUCUCCGUUGUAUCCCCUUUCAUUUCAUUUUUUAAAUCAACCUCUCUGCGAGACGCUUCGUGCGGCUCGAGUCCCAACGCAGAGACAGCUUUAGGGAGAUUGCGGUUAGGCUGUGGUACGGUUAUACCGAAGAUCGGAGAGGCCGGUUUAUGGCGUUCGAGCCCCGGAGCUGACUGUUCUGCUCCGGAAACCAGACCACAAAUUUUCCAGCGUGUUCCGGGAAUCAAUUAUGAUAAUUCUACGCUCACGAAACGAGAACUCGGUGCCAGGCAGCAGCGAGGCGGUCCCGCGGACGAGUCCCGCGGGCAGCUCGAACGGGUCUGUAACCGGAAAUCACCCGUCGGCCCAAAACGUCCAGACGGCGUCAAACCAACAAAUGGGGAUAUCCACCGAGGAUGCUCGACACGACGACGACGGGGGUCAUCCCCGUGCCGCCGCCCCCGCCAGCCCCGAGAGCGAACCGGAAACCGACGAAUACACCCCCAAGCGGAAGCAGAGGCGGUACAGGACCACCUUCACCAGCUUCCAGCUGGAGGAACUCGAGAAGGCAUUCUCAAGGACCCAUUAUCCCGAUGUUUUCACCAGGGAGGAACUCGCGAUGAAAAUUGGACUUACCGAGGCUCGCAUACAGAAUCACGCGGCAUGCCAACCGCUAUCUACUUGUACAACUCCCUCGCCACCCGAUACAACGAUCUCGAAGCAGCAGUCAUCGGACUGUCAGAGGACGGCACGGAUUCUCGAUCGAUCCAACAAACUCGUUGCGUUACGACGGUCGCAGUGUUUUGUAAAAGCUGCCUCGAUCAACGUCUGGUUCCAAAACCGGCGAGCAAAAUGGCGGAAACAAGAGAAGGUCGGGCCACAGGGUCACCCUUACAACCCUUACCUCGGCGGAGGCGCGCCGCAACCGUCAGCGGUGGUUGCCCCGACGUUGCCUAACCCAUUCGCCCACCUGGGUACGUUCGCGCUGAGGAAGCCCUUCGACGCCUUUCGAUAUCCACCCCUCGGGGGGUACCCGCCGCACCCCUAUCACAGGGCGCCACCGCCCCUUUCACCCCUGUCGCCCCUACUUCCCCCGGGGAUUCCCCUAUCCUAUACGAGCGCAGCCCAAUCCUUCCAGAGCUUCCUGGCUAACAUAUCGGCCGCCCAGCGUCCUAAACUCGUCGACGUGCCGCCGCCCCCGCCCCAGAGGAUCGGCCCCCCAGCCCCGCCACCCCCGACGACGACACCCACGCGAACUACUAGCUCGCCCCAGGGCUCGCCGAACAACGCAACCAACCACGGUGUCGGGGUGCCGCCGGACAUGGACCGCAGAACGCACAGCAUCGCCGAGCUGCGACUGAAGGCCAGAGAGCACGAGAUACGGCUCGAAAUGCUGAGGAAAAACGGCGACCUUGUCAGCUGAACCGUGGCGUUCGAAGACCGCUGAAGAAGCGCGGAGGAUACGCACACCCCGAGGGAUAAGAUCGCGCCGUAUCAUUCCGUUGAUCGGUAGGAGUUAUCGGUGGUAACAACGUCGAUCCGGGCGCUUUCGGAUCGGGGUUGAACCGUCGCUUAAGCACGCGUUAGCGAUCUUCAUUCCCCGUUGGGUUGAUCGAUAUUCCCCCGCAAGACUUGGGCGGAACGUCCCGAAGUACCGGCUCGACCGACACGUCCCACGGAUCCUCGCUGACGCAAUCGUAGAACCCAAGGAGAGACGAAAACGUGGGACUGUGAAAAAUCCCGUUUAAUAACAGUCAAGUACUGUUUUGGUGAUAUUUUUCAAGGAUCUCUCUUUUGGAUUCUACGCUUCUGUCGUCGCGGUUUAGCGAAGUAUCGGUCGGACGAUGGAGGUCGAGGCUGAAUUUUCACUGAAAACUAGCAUUUCUUCUUCUUCUUAUUCUUAUUAUUAUUAUUAUUAUUAUUAUUAUUAUUAUUAUUAUUAUUUGAUCGUUAUACGCAAGAGAAAAACACUGUCGUAUACACAACGCGAACGUAUACAUACAUAGGUAUAAUUUAAGUGUAGAAAAUGGAUUACUACAGGAUUUACUUCACAGACCUGUGGCGAAGACGAAGGCGUAAAUGACAAGAAAACUAACUGUAUAAGAACGAACAAAUACUAGCCAGGGAGCUGAGAGAGGUAGAGGUUAUACCCUACGACAUCCGGUGAUAUCUACAACCUAUAUCCAGUAUUUAUGACAGGCAUCUUCACCACAUCUUACAUUGACUAGAAGAAUUGCUCCAGAAACCGCGGCAACGUGACGUGCCUUAUUUACAUAUAUAGGUAUGCAUCAUCCCUAUAAUACUACCGAUUCACAUUGUAUGUAUGUAUAUAUAUUAUAUAUAUAUAUAUAUAUAGAUACAUAUAUAUGCCUGUGUACAUGUAUAUCUGCAUAUGUAUGUAUGUAUGUAUAAUAUAAUAUAAUAUUUUUCGCCAAAGUA